GCUAGGUUAUAUCUAUAGAAAACCACAUGAGCAUAAAAAAAUUGUCCAAUAAAUAAGACAAAUGAAAAUAGUAUUUAACAAUUAAAUAAAUAAAUCAAAAAUUUACUUUUGUUAAUAGAAAAAUGUGGCCAAGAUUAAUACUGUCAAAGUCUGAAGGAGUACACUUGAGUCUCAUCAAUUGGAGCAGGUAUGUUGUGUCAAAAAAAUAUUCAACUAAAUUACCAGAAGAACCAACAAGUAAUUCUAAAAAUCCAGAUGAACCACCAAGUAAUUUAAAAAGCCAAGAAGAAAAUAAAAUAACAGAUUUAUUAGAUAAUUCAGCAAGUUAUAAUGAAGCAGCAGAUACAAGUUGGAAAACAUCACCAUAUCCAGAUGGUGCAAUAUUACCAAGUGAACAACCAAAACGUCCUAGACAAGAUCCACAAGAAACAAGUAUUGUUUUAUUUCCUGGACAAGGAACAAUUAAAGUUGGACAAGUUAAAGAUUAUUUACAUUUUCCACGUGUUACUGAAUUAUUUAAAGUAGCUAAUGAUGCAUUGGGUUAUGAUUUGUUAGAUAUAUGUUUAAAUGGUCCACAAGAAAAGUUAAAUAGAUGUGAAUAUAAUCAACCAGCAACAACAGCAAUAUCAUUAGCAGCUAUUGAAAAAUUACGUGAAGAAAGACCAACAUCAAUUGAAGGAUGUAAAACAGUUGCUGGUUAUAGUAUUGGUGAAAUACCAGCAUUAGUAUUUGCUGGUGGUUUAUCAUUUGAAGAUGGUAUUAGACUUGCUGGUGUUAGAGGUGCUGCAAUGCAACAAGCAUGUGAUUUAAAUAAACAAGCAAUGAUAUCUGUAUUUAUAAAAGCUGGUUCUAGCUUAAAAAAAAUAUGUGAACCAUCAAUUAAGUAUGCUGAAGAAUUGGGUGUUGCUGAUCCAAUUUGCAGAGUAGCUAUUUUUGUUUGUCCACAAACUAAAAUAAUUGCUGGACAUGAAGAAGCCAUUGAAUACAUUGAAAAAAAUAGGAGAGAACUUCGUCUUAUUCGUGUUAAACGUUUACCAGUAUCUGGUGCAUUUCAUACAGCGUUAAUGGAACCAGCUGUUGAUACAUUUAAAAAAGCACUCAGUACUGUUGAAAUAAAUCCACUUAGACUACAAGUUUUUUCAAAUGUCAAGGGAAAACCUUAUUUAACACCUGAGGAGAUUAAAAAAUUGUUAGUUAAACAGUUGACAAGACCAGUUAGAUGGGAACAAAUAUUACAGCAUCUUUAUGCUAGACCAGAUGGUGAAAAUUUUCCAAGGACUUUUGAUGUUGCUUCAAAUGGUUCCUUAAAAGCAAUGCUUACAAGGGUUAAUUUAAAAGCAGCAAAUUCUUGUAUAACUGCAUAAUUAUUAUUUAUAAUUAUUUUUUUAAUAAGGUAUGUUGAAAUGUUUUUUUAUAAUGAUUUAUAAAAUAAAAAAUAUAUUUCUUAUUAAAAAAC